AUGGUCUACUCCACCAGACAAGUCGGUGCCAAGAACACCCUGGACUACAAGGUCUACAUCGAAGAGGACGGCAAGCCAGUGUCUCCCUUCCACGACAUCCCAUUGUAUGCGGACAAGGAAAACAACAUCUUCAACAUGGUCGUCGAAAUCCCUCGUUGGACUAACGCCAAGUUGGAAAUCACCAAGGAACAACCAUUGAACCCAAUCAUUCAAGACACCAAGAAGGGUAAGCUAAGAUUCGUCAGAAACUGUUUCCCUCACCACGGUUACAUUCACAACUACGGUGCCUUCCCUCAAACUUGGGAAGAUCCAAAUGAAACCCACCCAGAAACCAAAGCUGUCGGUGACAACGAUCCAAUUGAUGUCUUGGAAAUCGGGGAAAGCAUCGCUUACACCGGUCAAGUCAAACAAGUCAAGGUCCUUGGUGUCAUGGCUUUGUUAGAUGAAGGUGAAACCGAUUGGAAAGUCAUCGCCAUUGACGUUAACGAUCCAUUGGCUCCAAAGAUGAACGACAUUGAAGAUGUUGAAAAAUACUUCCCAGGUUUGUUAAGAGCCACCAAUGAAUGGUUCAGAAUUUACAAAAUCCCUGAUGGUAAACCAGAAAAUCAAUUCGCCUUCUCCGGUGAAGCCAAGAACAAGAAGUACGCCUUGGAUAUUAUUAGAGAAACUAACGAUGCUUGGAAACAAUUGAUCGCUGGUAAGGCUGUUGACUCCAAGGGAAUUGCUUUGGCUAACUCUACUUUGAAGGAUACUCCAACUUACUCUGCCGCCAUUGCCUCUGAAAUUCCAGAAGCUUCUCCAAAGGCUGAUGCCCCAAUUGAUAAGUCCAUUGACAAAUGGUUCUUCAUCUCCGGUUCCGCUUAA